AUGACCGAAGAGAAACCAGACGAUCUUUCGGACGAGAUCGAACUUGACAGGAGACCGAGCGUGCUGUUGCCUAGACUACAAGAAAUAGAGAAGCAAUUCUUCGCUGUUGUUGCCACCGGAAAUGUAGUGGAAGUAAAAAAUUUUCUCGACGGAACUCAGAAAUUCGAUAUCAACUGCGUCAACUUUCAGGGUGUAUCCGCCCUGCACGUCGCGGUUGAAGCGAAGAACAAACAGAUGGUGGAAUUUCUGCUGUCGCAGCCGAACAUAGAGAUCGGUGACACGGCGCUGAACGCGGUGCGAAUCAACGAGGAGGAGUUGGUCGUGAUGAUCUUAGAUAGUCUUCAGAGUAUGGAUCUAGAAUUCGCGGGUGUUAUGCACAGCUCGGAUUUCCUAGACGGAACGACACCCCUGGCGGUCGCCGCUUAUCACGGCCAUUACGAAAUAAUAAGACUUCUCAUCGACCGGGGUCAUAUUCUGAAAAAACCACACCCACCCAACUGCAACUGCGACGAAGUUUGCAAACCUCAACGAGCUACCACGGACAUAUUGACUCUGGACAAGAUGCGGCUGUAUCUCUACAAAGCGGUGGCGAAUCCGGCGUACAUUUGCUUCGUAACGGAUGAUCCGAUUUUAGUAGCUUUCGAACUCUCCGUUGAACUGAAAAAGGCCGGUGAAUAUCAACGCGAAUUCUACACGCAGUACAUGGAGUUGGCUACCUUGACGGCUACGUUCGCGACGGACUUAAUCGGAUGUACACGUACGACCGAAGAGGUCGAAUUGAUUCUUAAGCAAACAGCGGGUCUGAAUUUAUCCACAACAUUUAUAUACCCGAGACUGCUUCUCGCCAUGGAUUUCAGAAUGAAAACGUUCAUAGCUCACCCAAACAUACAACGGGUGAUAGAAAUCAAGUGGAUCGAGGAUUGGUACGAAUGGAAGAUGAGAUCCGUUCCGAUGCAAGUAUUGUCGGUACCCGUGAGAAUCCUGGGACUGCCCUUUAUUUUUUUUUUUCUUUUACUCGCCCCGAAUUCCUCGAGAUCGAAGCAUUGGUCAAUUCCGGUGAACAGGUUCUUAUCAUUCACAGCUACGUACGUCUUUUUCUUGCUCGCUGUCUACAUGGUGUCUAACAUCGACAAGACUAAUCAACUGCGAGGACCCCCGGACAGCUGGUUCGUCACAGUGAUCGUGAUAUACGUGAUCGCUUAUACGUGGGGCUCUUUGAGAUUAUGUUUGAUUCAGGGUCCCAGACGAUUUUUCCGAACACCCUGGAACUGGUUCGAGGUGUGCAUGCUCGUAUUGUUUAUGAUUACUUUUUUAUUUUGGGCCGCCGCUUGGUUCGACGUUAAACGGAACGGGCAGAGAGAUCUUGAGCGAAAAUAUUGGAAUCAAUUUGACCCGACGUUAAUAGCUGAGUCUACUUAUUGUGUGGCGACCAUAAUGGCUUUUCUCAAAUUACUCUUCAUCUGCCAGCUUGACCAGGUCCUCGGCCCCCUCCUGUUGUCUCUCGGAAGAAUGAUCGGCGAUGUGACGAGAUUCAUAAAGAUUUUCAUAAUCGUUAUCUUCUCGUUUACGGCCGGGUUGGCUAGAUUCUAUCAGUAUUACGAAGGCAUGGUGAGGGUGGACAACGACUCGAAGAUGAAAACCCAGCAAACCGAUUCGUUCGUAAAUUUCCCCUCGACUUUGAAGACCCUAUUUUGGGCGAUAUUUUGCAUGAGUCCGAUAGAAAGUGCGGACGUGAUUAUCGAAAAUUUGCCAGGUGAUUCGGAAUCGGAAACGAUAAUCAACGAUCACAUCGUAACGGAAGCUACCGGCUACUUCGCAUUCGCGGUAUUUCAGUUCAUUUCCGUCAUCGUCGUAUUGAACAUGCUCAUCGCUUGCAUGUCGAACACGUUCAUUCAAGUGACGGACAACGUCGGAGUUGAGUGGACGUUCGGACGAACCGAAGUGUACAUCGACUUCAUGGCGCAAACGACGCUGCCGGCACCUUUCAACCUAUGUCCAACGAGGACGGCAUUCCAUACCGUCGUUGAAUUUAUCAAGGCAUGGAUCAAACCGACACCAGAAAAAAGGGCGCGGUGGAGUUUGAAGCAUUGCUGCUGGGUGGAAAAUAUCGGUGAAAAUACGAAGAAAAAAUUUCCGAGCGUCAUGAGUCAGCUGGUCCAGCGUUAUUUCCGCGAGAAAGAAACCAAAGUCGAAGAGUCCGAACUGGACUCCCUCCAGACGGAACUCGGCGAGCUACGAAAUCUACUGCAGGAAGCCCUUUCGUCGCCUUGAAAAAAUUCAUCGACCCUUCAGCGAUCCAUUUCACCUCGAAGGUAUUAGAAAGGGUAAGUCGAGAGAAUAAAAAAAAAAAAAAGGGAGCUCGUAAAAAAUCGUGGAAGAAAAUACAAUUGCGUAUCAUAUGCUGACGUUUCAAUUUCUGCACCGGUUCGAAAGGGGAUCAGAUAAUUAUUUUGACGCAUGUUAUUGAUCGAAACUCUAAUCCAGUGCUUAUAUUGUACAAGAAUUUCCAC